UUGAAUAAUGAUUGCAUACAUUUUAAGUCACUAUAGAACGAUUUGAAUAAUUCGCACAAUCAAAGGAUUCAAAGUUUGCAUGUGGUAGUUUCACCAUCAUACCCUUUACAAGAAGCUUCAAACUUCAUAAAUUGUAAUAAGCAUGUCAAGUUCCAGAUGCAACAGAAAUUUACAUAAGAGAUCAUUGAUGUGCAGGUCAAUGUCAUUUAAUUUGAUAAAGAUUCUAGUUGCUUUACUCUUCUUCUCAAUUGUUCCCUUAAAAUCUGAGGGACAGUUUCAUGACUGGUGCAUAGCAGAUGAGCAGACACCAGAUGAUGAGCUGGUGCAAGCCCUCAACUGGGCAUGUCAAAAUGGGGCAGACUGCACUAAAAUACAAGAAAACCAGCCAUGCUACCUCCCAAAUACUGCGAGGGAACAUGCCUCUUAUGCAUUCAAUAGUUACUACCAAAACUUGAAACAAAAAGGGGCUAGUUGCUACUUCAAUUCUGCUGCUGUUUUAACUGCCCAUGAUCCAAGCCAUGAUGCAUGCAAGUUUGAGGUUAUUCCUUGAUCAAAUCUUUUUUCCCAGAUUAGAAGAUUUAAUUUAAAUCUGUGCUUUUCUUGUUAUUCCUUCUUUUAGUUUGUCUAUUUAUAUGUUUUGAUAAUUACUUACGUAAACGUAAUAAAAAAUUUACUCCAUGGAAUGAUGCGAGAAUUUUCCU